AUGCAUAUGGAAUAUUUAUUCCAAUCGUAUAAAGUAGAUAGUGCAAUGACAAAUGCGACAGCAGUAGAAAACUGUGCAAAACCCGGCAGCAAAAUGAGUAAUUAUUAUCAAAGAAGCCGGAUGUAUACUAAUAGAAGUGCCACUUACUUUAAAAGUACUAAUUCUCCAGCAAAGAACAUUCGUCAGCAUAAUGAAAAUAUUGUCUGUGAUAAGAAUAAGUUAAGACCAAAGUCUACUGAACCUUUUGUAGUCUUAAUGCCAAAUCCCACCAGGCAUGGAUCUCCUAAAUUAAAGCAAAGUCCUCGAGCCAGUCCGUCCAAAGAAAGAAAUAUAAGAUCGUCUCCAACAAUUGGGGGUCAUUAUGCAGGAGCAAAAUUUAGCGAGCCCCCUGCUCCGACUUCACUUCCAAAACCACCAUUGCACUGGACAUCAUUAAUGUCAGGCCCUCUGAAUAUUGGGGAAAAAUUGGACAAAAGUUAUGACAUCAGUCAUCAGCUCAAACUUUUGCUUAACGUCCAAGCUUGA